GCGGCAGCCCGGCCCUCGUGUCGGUAGACUGUCUGUGUGUGGCACGGCUCUGCUGGACGGAGGGGAAAUGUUAGAGUGGAGUACAGCGGUACACUCCGAAACCUUCCAAACCUCUUCAAAAUCGGAAGUACAUUUUGGCACCAUCUUUUUUUUCUCUGCCCGGAUUAUGCGGACCUGUUUUUCGCUUCUUCUGUGACACGGUUCGCCCGAGCCCGGAGUGUGUUUGUGUGUGUGAUUUAGAGAACUAGAGAGUUCAGUCUUGGUCGCCUUUUCUUUGGACGUUCGGAGUCGGAGACCCAGCUGCCUUCCUCCUGCACUGAGUGGGAGAUGAGGACGGCGUCGAAGGAGACGGGGUUCGACGUCUGGGAACCGGAGAGUGAACAGUAGCCGGGCGGCUGAGGUUUUUUUUGUGUAAAGUUAUCUGCCUGGGUUUUUGAAGCGGUGGAUGCGAGCGGACGGCUGAGACGCGAAGGCAGAGCCAAGUAAGCCACCCACUUCUGCUGAAAAGCUAAAGGAUAGGUUACAAAAUGUAUCCACAAGGCCGGCAUCCGGCGCCCCACCAGCCUGGUCAGCCGGGCUUCAAAUUCACAGUGGCGGAGUCCUGUGACAGGAUCAAAGACGAAUUUCAGUUCCUGCAAGCGCAGUAUCACAGUCUUAAGGUGGAGUACGACAAACUGGCCAACGAGAAGACUGAAAUGCAGCGCCACUACGUUAUGUACUAUGAGAUGUCCUAUGGGUUGAACAUUGAAAUGCACAAACAGACUGAGAUCGCUAAAAGGCUUAAUGCAAUUCUAGCUCAGAUCAUGCCUUUUCUGUCACAAGAGCACCAACAGCAGGUUGCGCAGGCUGUUGAACGUGCCAAGCAAGUGACAAUGACAGAGCUGAAUGCCAUCAUCGGGGUACGUGGACUUCCCAAUCUGCCUCUAACCCAGCAGCUCCAGGCACAGCACCUCUCUCACGCAGCCCACGGCCCCGUGGCUCUGCCCCCACAUCCCUCGGGCCUGCAACCCCCAGGCAUCCCUCCAGUUACGGGCUCCGGUUCAGGCCUGCUGGCGCUGGGCGCUUUGGGUAGCCAGCCCCACUUGCCUGUAAAGGAUGAGAAGAACCAUCACGACCUAGAACACAGAGAGAGCACGAACAACUCCAUCUCUCCAUCCGAUAGCCUGCGUACAUCCAGUGAGAAGCACCGUGGAUCCUCAGAUUACAGCCUGGACUCCAAGAAGCGCAAAAUGGAGGAGAAGGACAACAUGAGCAGAUAUGACAGUGAUGGAGACAAAAGUGAUGAUCUUGUGGUCGAUGUCUCUAAUGAGGACCCUGCCACGCCCCGCGCAAGCCCAGCCCAUUCUCCGCCAGAAAAUGGCAUUGACAAACCCCGCCCCCCAAAGAAGGACACACCCAACAGCCCUGCAUCUGUGGCCUCCUCUGGCAGUACACCUUCCUCCAAAACCAAGGAGCAUGGCCAUAAUGACAAAUCCUCUACGCCUGGCCUCAAGUCCAACACCCCCACUCCACGGAACGAUGCCCCUACCCCUGGUACUAGCAGCACGCCGGGGCUGAGGCCCAUCCUUGGCAAGCCCCCCAUGGAGGCUCUGGCUGCUCCUGCACUGCGAACCCCCCUCUCCUAUCCGACUCCUUUUGCCAUGAUGGGCCACCAUGAGAUGAACGGCUCACUGACCAGCCCUGGAGUCUACGCUGGCCUGCACAUCUCGCCUCAGAUGAGUGCGGCUGCUGCUGCCGCCUACGGUCGCACGCCCAUUGCGGGCUUCGAGCAUCCUCAUAUGAGAGCCCCAGGCCUCCCUGCCAGCCUUACCUCUAUCUCUGGGGGAAAGCCGGCCUAUUCCUUCCACGUCAGUGCCGAUGGGCAGAUGCAGCCUGUGCCCUUCCCUCCAGAUGCUCUGAUUGGCCCUGGGAUCCCCCGUCAUGCCAGGCAGAUCAACACUCUGAGCCAUGGCGAGGUGGUGUGCGCCGUCACCAUCAGCAACCCCACACGGCACGUCUACACUGGUGGCAAGGGCUGUGUCAAGAUCUGGGACAUCAGCCAGCCUGGCAGCAAGAGCCCCGUGUCCCAGCUAGACUGCUUGAACCGGGAUAACUACAUCCGCUCCUGCAAACUGUUGCCUGAUGGGCGCACGCUGAUCGUGGGCGGUGAGGCCAGCACUCUGACCAUCUGGGACUUGGCCUCGCAGACGCCCCGCAUCAAGGCCGAGUUGACCUCUUCGGCCCCUGCCUGCUAUGCUCUGGCGAUCAGCCCCGAUGCCAAGGUGUGCUUCUCCUGCUGCAGUGAUGGCAACAUUGCUGUCUGGGACCUGCACAACCAAACCCUUGUCAGGCAGUUCCAGGGACACACUGACGGUGCCAGCUGCAUCGACAUCUCUCAUGAUGGUACCAAGCUGUGGACGGGAGGCCUGGACAACACUGUGCGUUCGUGGGACCUGAGAGAAGGUCGGCAGUUGCAGCAACAUGACUUCACUUCUCAGAUCUUCUCACUGGGCUACUGCCCGACGGGCGAGUGGCUGGCAGUGGGCAUGGAAAGCAGCAACGUUGAGGUGCUCCACCACACCAAGCCUGACAAGUACCAGCUCCACCUGCAUGAGAGCUGUGUGCUUUCCCUCAAGUUUGCCUACUGUGGUAAAUGGUUCGUGAGCACUGGGAAGGACAAUCUGUUGAACGCUUGGAGGACUCCCUACGGCGCCAGCAUAUUCCAGUCAAAGGAAUCAUCCUCGGUCCUGAGCUGCGACAUCUCGGCAGAUGACAAGUACAUUGUCACCGGCUCCGGCGACAAGAAGGCCACGGUGUAUGAAGUGAUCUACUAGACAGUGAGGUAACUGAGUAGAGAAGCUCGGGCCUUGUAGAGUGAGAACAGAGCGUUUGGAGGGGGUGCCACCUUCCUGCUCUUCACGCCAAUGACUCUUCUAGUCAGACAGACAGGACAGGACUGGACAGCACCUGUCUGCCUGACUAUCUGUCUCACUCUCAUCCUCUCCUGUCGCCCAGUCAUGGACGGCAUGUCUGACAGCAGCGUGGAAGGAUUAGUCAUGGAUGGGACUGGGAUAAACUAAACUUUUGAUCUGAACUGAUCUGAUCUGAUCUGAUCUGGACUGGACUGGACUGGGAUGAAUUGUACUGGACUGGACUGAACCACCUGGACAGCCAUUAACCUGGUUGGGCUGCUUCUAAUACUUGCUCAUCCCUCAUCCCAUCAGCCACAUCCAGCACAAGUCAUAUGGCACUAGAGAAGAGAAUAACUUUUUUUUUUCUUCGUAUCUUGUUGGAUUUUUGUUAUGUUUUUCUUUUUUUUUUUUUUUUUUAAAUACAGUGAGAAUGUUCCAUAUUGCAACGUGAAGCGGUGCUUCGUUCUGAAACUCUAUCCGUUUGGAGGUUCUGUGAAAAGUGUACAUAAUGGAGUAUUAAAAGGCCUUUUAUAGAUUUAUAUUUUGGUGUCCAGUUACACUUGUGAUGGUUCCUUCCCUCCCUCCCCCAUCAUCUCCUCAAUGCUUUGUUUUUCCGCUGGGGCUUGGAAAUUAGAUUAUGACCUUUUUUUUUUUCUAAGGAUAUUCUAUCUCUUUUUUUCUGAGAAGUUCCUUUUCCAACCUUUUAUAGAAAUCUAAUUUACUUUUUUUUCCCUCUGAAAAACAAUUUUGAGCUAGAUCGCAUUUCAGAGAAGCUUUCUUUCUUUUUCUUUUUUUCUAAAUGUCCUGUGGAUCUUGCCCCUUCUCUCAUGGUGGAACGCUCUUGCCUUAGCAGUCCUGUAAAGCACCUGAGGCUGCAGCUGCGGCUCAGCAGGAACAGAAGAGCAGCUGCUGCAAAAGGAGGGCAGGCGCUCAAGACUCGGUCUAAGGAAAAGUGACUGUUCUGUUCUAACUACCUGCCAGUGGCCCCCAUGAAAAGAGACCGAUCCCCUUCAUGCUGUGGACCGACUGGGGGACUGUGUGUGUGUGUGUGUGUGUGUGUGUGUGUGGAAUAACUUUCGCUCGUACUGACUGAUCGGAGGACCCUUCCGUAACCUGUGACUUCUUCAUUGCAUUAGUGUAUGAACAGGACACAGCAUUUUGUCUUGUAGACGAUGACCAUAAGUUAUGAUGAUGGAGUUAAUAUUUUGCUCCAGGUCUCUCUGUUUUGGAGCCGUUGUGACGUUCUCUGAGGGUGGGAGUCAUGUGUUUGUGUGCAUAGUGUCUCUCGUAUGCAAGAAGCACAGAGUCGGCUAAUGUGUCUGCAGCUAAGCCAAACACAGCAAAGCAUAAAAGACUAAGGACUAAAGCGGAGACUUUUACCAGAUGAUUUGGUCAAUUUCUAGUUCAAGUUCAAAUCCAUUGCAUCCCACUACUGCGUCUCAACACAACCAAAGUAUGUAGCAAAAUGUGUUGUCACUGAAGAGAUGUACAGUUGUUAAUUCAAUAAACUGUUUUUCUUUUUUGUAAAAAAGAAAAGAACAAAGAA